AUGGAUGAUGCACUGCGAGUGGCGAAGGAAGCCCAGGAGCUCUUUCAGGAGAAGAAAGACCGGUCAGGGGAGGCACGGGCACUCAAUGUGCUCGCAGACAUCUACUGCGACUUGAGAGAGGUGGAGCAAGCCGUGGCCAUGUGCAAGGAGAUGCGUGCAAAGCUGCAGGAGACAGGCGACAAGAAGGCAGAGGUGACAGCCAUCAGAGUGCUGUCCAACAUUUACCUUGCAUCAGAGAUGCCUGGCGAGUCUCUUCGUGCAGCCAACGACGCAGUGCAGAUGUGCAAACGAGUUCAU